CCCCCACCUCGACCUCAUUGUGCUCUGCUUAUUCUCCAACAUUUAAUUGAAUCUGCAAAAAAUUGAAACGAUCCAUCGCUGCAUACCCGGUUAGAACUUUUAGAUAGGCGGGUGUAAAAUCUGAAAAUGCCAAUAGAGCCCGAGAUACAGGGAGCUCGUUUUUCAAAUUCAAAUUUCCACAGCACAAAAUUUUCGAAUUUAUUUAUGGACACACAUACACAUGUAUACUACGUAUGUGCAAAAUUUCAUAGCAUUAUACUUUCACACGUGGCGUGCAAAAAAAUAGAAACAUGCAUUUUUAAAUGGGCCUUUUCUUUUUGUUGUUGGGCCGUAUUUUUUGUUUUUUUGUGUAGUCUACAAAUCACAAUAUUUUGAAACGAAAUUUAACAAGUUCUUAUGGAAUAAAUAUAUGUUUCCAUGAAAAUUUUCAGAUUUUUUUGAAACUUUUAAAUAUGCGUUUUGAUUUUUUUUUAAAUACCAGCUCCCUGGAGUUCGGUCUUCAAAACUUCACAGUCGCAAACGGAGGAGCUCGCCUCGCGGCAAAGAAAAAUCCUCCCGUGCUCAUCGCUAGUCCCCAUUUCCUCCCCUCGCUCCGUCAACCCAAGUACCCAACCACUCACACUCACACUCCCACCAACCACUCCCACUCCCACUCCGCGUCUCCACUCCCAUCGAAGGUGGAAGCUUCCAGGAGCUAGGGUUUUCCGUACCGAUGGCCGUCGCCGACGCGGUGCUGCCCUCGCCGCCGCAGAUCGUCGUCGCGGUGCUGGCGCUCGUGUGCUUCGUCCUCGACCCGCUGCCGGCGCUCGGGCGCGCCCUCCCCGUCGUGGCGGGGGUCCUCUGCUACCUUUGCUUCACCGUUGCGUGGAUUCUCUCCGUGGCCGAGGCUGCCAAGGUGGUGGCGCGCCGCGCCUGGGGCGAGGGCUCCGCCUCCUUCCUCUUCCUCAAGACGCUCACGGACUGGGCUUUCCUGGUCUUGGCCUGCAGCUCCCUUGUCUCGCUCGCGCUUGCCGCGCUGCUCUUGUGCGUCCUCUGCGUGGCGUACGCGGUUGCAGUUCUAUCUGGAUCCGGUUCAGAAUUCAAGAAGGGUGCCUUGGGAGCAAUCAAGUGGGAGUUGGCUCCAGACUCGUACAGGCUACCCCGCGUUGUGGUGCUUGGAUUGAUCGCAGAUGUGUCAUUCUUCCUCCUAUUUGGCGUCGGUCUUCUGUUAGCGACGUUGUCGCAUGUGGAGGGAUCGAUAUCUCAUGGAGAAAUGGUCGGUUCUGUACUCAAGGAUGUGGGGAUAAUUGGUUUCAACGCAAUAUCCUGCUUUUUUGUCAUUCCAGCUCAAGCACUUGGUGCCUGGAGGCAGGACCGGGCGGACAGCAAAGCACCAUCGCAAUUUUGUUGAGGUAUAUACAUAGAUCUCUUCCCCUUUGCUUUGAAAUGUGCAUAUCAAUUCAAAAGAUCACCAAGUAGAUAAUUAUACUCCUAUAUAUAUGCCCGGCUCAAGCAAUACAACGAACAAUUUUACCAAUCCUUUCUCUUCCUUUUAACAUGGUAUCUAUCGCAAGUCGAUCCUAAAUCCUAGCAGCCGACACUUCCGCACCUGCGCGCCGCCCCUGGGGCGGUCGGCCUCCAUGACCGCUGCCGGGGGCCGCGCCGCCCGUACCUAGGGUUCGUCCGCCGGCCGUGUUGGCCGGCUGCCCUAGAGAGUCUUUUUCCCGAGCCCUUGCUCCGGGUUUUUUCGCUCUCUCGCUAGUCGUUUUGAUCGGCGUUUUUCUUUUUUGGUUUUUCGAUCUAUUCUUGAUCGGUUUGCGUCGCCCGCCGCCGCCGUCGACCCCCGUGCGCCUCUACUCCGACCCGGCGCGACCAACCGGCCUCUCCUCUGACCCGGCGGCCAUGCGCGCCGAGGCGGCCCGUCAGGGCCAGCCGCCGUCGGCGCGUCGGUCCACCCGUCGCCCUGCGCCGGCCGUCAACGCCCUGCUCCGACCGAGACACCUGCAUCGCCCCGACCCGGCGGCCUCGCGCCAAGCGACGACCAAUCAUAGUCGUCGCUCGCGCGCCGGCCCGCCCAUCGAUCCACAUCACCCGCCUCUGCCGCGUCUGCACGGUGGCCCGGCGGUCUACCUCGCCGGCCUCGUUCUCGGCUGCGUCGGGAUGGCUACGUCAGGCUGUCGGCUGCCUCAACUCGGGCGCCACUGCUCCCAUGGUCGCUCGGGCCUCGCUGCCCGGGCGUUGGCGCUGCUUUGGCAGCCCGGGUGCUGGUGCUGACAAGCUCGUCCGUGCGACGUCCCACGCCGUUCGUCGUCGCCGGCCUCAUCGCGGACUCCGCCGCCACCCCGCCUCCACCGAGCGGCGUCCUCGACCUCGCGCGCGCUCGGCUUGAUCACCCGCUCGCCGUCGCGAUCCGCCUCAUCUACGCCGCGCGACCGACCUGGCCUGUCGGUUACGCGCGCCUCCGCAGGUCCCGUGAAGAUCGUCCCAAGUAUCGCGCGCCUCUCCGCCGAUCGAGCAUCGGGCUGCUGCUGCGUUGCCCCGUCGGGCCGCAGCGCCGCCGCCCCGUGGUUCUCCUCGCGGCUGCAUCUAGAUUAUUGAC